CACAAGUUUUGUGCUGUUGUUCGUUAGUUAAGAAAAUGUACAAAUAUUGCAGAUAAAUGUACAACAUGUGUUGCUACAAAAUCAUGCUUGGCAUCACUCAUCAGCAAUUCUUUUUUUUCCUCAAACGUAUCAAUUUCUCUUUUCUUUGUUGAAAAUCUCAUUUCCUUUUCUUCUUCUUCUUCUUCAUCCUCAAGCCCUAAUUUCACACUCCCAAAAAUACGUACAGUCCACAAUCGUAUAUCCGUAUUCGUUAUGUAUUUGUAUGCAUAUAUGUAUUGUCUAUAGAUAGUUCGAGAAGGUAAUGGAAGAUACAAAACCAAAUAAGCAAGCAAACGAUGGAGACCUAUUCGAUGACGUGGCGGACGAAUUUCCCGACAUAUUUUCCGACGCCGUAACCGGCGGAUCGGAAAAUGACGUAAGCACCAAUCAAUCACCGGAGAUUGAAUGUGUUCCGUCGGCUUCUCUCCGGCGCCGGCGAACUUCUUCUUACAUUAAUUCUGGUAACGAAUCGACUAAUUUUCGACCUUCGGUAAGUUUCCAGAGUUAUUCGAAUUCGAGAGAGAAAAAGUUAAGGUUUUCAAGGAAAUUAAUGGAAAUGGACAAGGAUAAGAGUGGAAAUUUGAAUGAUACAGAAAAUUCUAACUCAAUGCAGCUUGAUUUGAGCACAGAAAGUCAAAAUGGUAGUGUUGAUGAAGAAAAUAAGGAUAUUCAAACAGUUAUGAAUGCAAAUAGUGUAAUUACAGAAAAUUCGAGAUCAAUGCAGCUUGAUUUGAGCACAGAAAGUCAACAAAGUAGCGUUGAUGAAGAAAAUAAGGAGAUUUCUUCAGUUGUUAAUGCGAAUAGUGAUUCUGUAAUUACGGAUGUGAACAAUGAAGGAAUUGAUAAUUCGGAGGUAGUUGAUUCGGAUUUGAGAGGAAACGAUGAUUCAAGUUCGAAUCUUUUGUUUGAUUUAGUGAAUGUAGUGAUUAAAGCUGUUGGAUUUCAAGUGAAUAUGUUGAUAACUAUUGUGAGUUUGAUGUUUAAAUUGUUUACGUUUCCUGUAUGGUUAAUUUAUAGCUCGUAUAUGUUUGUGAUGGAUCCGUUUCAAAUAAUGAGGCGUGGGAAACGAUAUGUGAUAGGCAAGUUUAUGAGGAGUUUCGGGUUUGUGUUGAAUUUUGUAUCUGUAUGGUUGAAGGAGAAGAGUUCUGUGUGGAGGUUGGGGUUGCAAUUCGGAUGGGGAUGUUUGUGGUCUGUGUAUGUUUGUGUUGUUUUGGUUGGAUUGCUAGUAUCAGCUUUUAUAAUGGGUGGAAUCUUGAUGAGAAUUAUAGUGGAAGAACCAAUCAGGUUGAACGAGCCUUUGAAUUUUGAUUAUACAGCAAAGAGCCCAGUUGCAUAUGUGCCGAUAAUAAGGAGUCCAGGUGUGAACUGUGGUGGAGAUAGUCAGGAUCACAUGGAGGUUGGAAUGGUUGAUGGAAUGCGAGUUAUCCCACUUAAUCAUAAGUUGCAGGUUACUGUUUCACUAACGUUGCCUGAGUCGGAUUACAACAGAAAUUUGGGCAUUUUUCAGGUGAGGGUGGAUUUCCUCACUGCUAAUGGUAAAGUGCUAGCUAGCUCCAGACGACCCUGUAUGUUGCAAUUCAAAAGCAGCCCUAUACGCCUGUUAUCUACUUUCCUUAGAGCUGCUCCUCUUGUCACCGGAUAUACAUCAGAAUCCCAAAAGUUGAAGGUAGACUUAAAGGGUUUCUCUGAAGGUAUCAUUCCAACUGCAUGCUUGAGGGUGAUCAUUGAGCAACGAGCUGAAUUCCACCCUGGAGGUGGAAUUCCCGAAAUAUAUGCGGCCUCUUCAACACUGGAGUCUGAACUUCCUUUUCUGAAAAGAAUGCUAUGGUAUUGGAAGACAACAUUGUUUGUGUGGGUUAGCAUGACGUUGUUUACAAUGGAAUUCCUUUUCGCUCUUCUUUGCUGCAAACCUCUUAUCAUCCCAAGAUUAAGAUUGAGGCAUGAUUCUAACAGUCGUACUGGUUCCCAGAAUAAUCCACCCAUUGAAAGGUAACUUAUAGUUUGAUCUCUUCAGAUUAUGCUGGCAGUUGACUCGUUCCUUUUUUUUUUUUUUUUGUACAUAACAGGUAAAGAUAGGUGUCUGUUGAUUCUUUUUCCCCGGUUGGAACUUAUUUUAACAUAUAUACAUAGUGAAUGGUUUUUUACUUUUGAAAUUUAUUCCCUGAAAAUAUACAUCCUCUCAUGAACUUCUUCCAGUUUUGUUUGACAAGUAUAACAUUGUGUCGUGAAGUUUACAGAUGUCAGAUACUUCUGUUUCCUAGUUUCCUCUGCAAGCAUCAUUUAGAAACAUCGCCGAUGUAGUCAUUUCCUGUAUGGUCAGAGUUCUGGGAAAUUUAAUGUGGUUAUGAUACUA